AUGCAGGGCAGGGCAAUAAGGCAAAAUAAGAGUACAAUGAUCAUUUUCGGUCGUGCCAUACAAGAGUCCGUACCAGUAGGGGCUUACCGCGUUCCGUUUUCUACGUGCACUAGGUCUCUGCAAGGUCAACGAUCUCCCAUCGAUAUAUUUCGUGACACUUUUAAAAAGGAAUGGAAGAAAUCUCAAGAGCUGCAGGAUAAUAUAAGAACAUUACAGGAUGCCUCUGGAAGACUUGGUGAAUCUGAGGCGUAUAAGAAGGCCAGAGAAGCGUAUGCUAGAGCACAGAAAGGAUCCACCAUUGUCGGUAAAACGUUGAAAAAGACAGGUGAAACCAUGGAAACAAUCGCUACGAAGGCAUGGGAAUCUGAUAUCGGUAAGAACACCAGAAAAGCAGCCACAGUUGCUGCUAAAAAGAUAGAUGAAAGCUUCGAGCCAGUGAGACAGACCAAAAUUUAUAAAGACGUCUCUGAAGUUAUUGAUGAUGGCGACAGUUCUCGUUACGGUGGAUUCAUCACGAAGGAACAAAGAAGACUCAAACGUGAACGUGACUUAGCCUCUGGUAAGAGAACUAGAGCAGUCAAAAGUAAUGAAGAUGCGGGAACCGCUCUAGUCGCAACCAACAUUGAAGCCAAAGAAUCAUUUGGAAAGAGAGUUGAAGAUUUCAAGGAAAAGACUUUACUCGGACGUGCAAUUCAACGUCUGAAAAGCGCAUUUUGGGACGAGAGCGGCAAUCCAUUCAUUGUAUUUUUGCGUAAGAUAACAGGAAAGAUUGGUGGAUUUUUUGCUGAAACUGAAGCUGCUCGUGUCCUUGGUCAAUUUAAACUUAUGGAUUCAACUUUCAAUAAUGAAGGCUUCACCCAACAUCUGAGGAACUAUAUCAUACCCGAAGUUUUAGAAGCUUAUGUUAAAGGGGAUCAGAAAAUUUUGAAAAAAUGGUUCAGCGAGGCACCAUUCAAUGUCUACUCUGCUCAACAAAAGGUCUUUAGAGAUCAGCAGCUCUUUGCCGAUGGUCGUAUUUUAGAUAUCAGAGGUGUUGAAAUUGUCAGCGCAAAGAUGUUGCCCCCUCAAGAUUUACCGGUAUUAGUCGUUGGUUGCAGAGCACAAGAAAUUCAUUUAUACAGAAAGGCAAAAACAGGAGAGGUUGCCGCUGGCCAUGAAUCAAAUAUUUUGAUGAGUUCCUAUGCUAUGGUUUUCACAAGAGACCCUGAACAAAUCGAUGAUGAAGAGACUGAAGGAUGGAAAAUUUUGGAGUUUGUCCGUGGUGGAUCAAGGCAAUUCACCUGA